UUGGCCAAUCAGAUCUUCACUCACUGGGACGCAGAACGGCGGUUUAAGCACCACAGGGCAGCAUUGCGCCUUGUGAUUGGACAGACGGCAGCUCGCUGCGAGGUGACGGUGGUUUUGGCAGCGAAGGAAAGAGGGAGGGGGGAACCCGAAUGGCAGUCAGCGGCGCAGCCGAAAAGAGUCAGAGAAUAUGAAACAGAAGUCACAAUGACAUCAAGAUUUGGUAAAACCUACAGUCGGAAGGGAGGGAAUGGGAACUCAAAGUUUGAUGAAGUCCUGUCCAACAAGCGGGCCACGCUCAGCACCAAAUGGGGAGAAACCACCUUCAAGGCACAGCUGGGCUCCAAGAGGCCCAACUACAAGCCUGAGGUAACAGAGGCACCAAAAAAAGCCAGGCAUACUGAGGAUGAUACCUCUGAAGACCCCUUUGGUUUUGACAGUGAUGAGGACUCUAAGCCUGUCACCUCCCGCAGCAUUCCCCAGACCAAGGCUGCUCCAGUCAAGCAGCCAGUGCCAGCUGUCACCACAGAGCCCCCAAGGAUGGAAAAGCUGGGGUCAGUGCUGGAGGCCAAUAGCAGGGUGAGCCAGCCUAUCACUGUGGAGGCAGUGGCUCCCAGUUGCACACCUUCAGUUUUUGACCGUGAUCUCCAGGGGCUGAAGGACAGGAGCACACACAAGGUCCCGGAUGAUGGCAACAGCAGAGUUUUGGGCAUUAGCACCUCUGCAGGCAAGACAACACAGAUAUGGUCUGAUGAAGGCACCGAAAAGAACAGCUACUCCUGGUACAGAAAUGCAUCAGAGCGCGACCAGACACCCAGUUCUCUGACUACUGCCCUGAAGACCGAGACCAAGGACUUGUUAGAUAGUUGGAGCCCUGUCAUGGGCUUGAGGUCUGACUCCCCCAGCUCGGAGACUAAGAGCAAGCACUCAGUCUGGACCUCUAACUAUGGGCAGGGCAGCGAGGCAAAAGGGGAUGGCAGUGUGGAUGAUCCUGCUUCUGAACCAGACAGUGACUUUUCUCAAAAGUCUAAAAGUGAUGAGGCAGGUGGAGGGGAUUGUGAUGUCCCUAGGGAGUCAUCUGAAUCUGAAGACCAUUCCCACACUCUUCUCAGGCCAUCUAUCUGUCGGACAUACCACAGACCCAACAAGGGUAAGCAGUCCUCCCAACUGGGCAACUCUGACAGAAGUGCCCAGACCUCACUCAGGACCAACAGCGUGGCCGGGAACGCUGACGGGAAAACUACUAGCACUGGCAGAGGUAGAACGAGAGACUAUACUGUGCUGCACCCAUCCUGCUUGUCUGUGUGCAACGUCACUAUCCAGGACUCCAUGGAGAGGAGCAUGGAUGAGUUCACCACCACCACUCCUGCUGACCUGGGAGAGGCUGGCCGGCUGAGGAAGAAAACGGAAGUUGCCACCACCAAGCCUGCCAGGUUCCGGCCUGCCCAAACCAAGUCUAAAAAAGAAACCAAGCUGGAGUUUUUUGGUUUUGAUGAUGAGAGUGAAGGUCAGGGAAUGGAUGGGGACACUACUGCCUCAGGUAGCACUAAUUACAAAAUCAAAUACUUCGGCUUCGAUGACCUCAGUGAGAGUGACAGUGAGGAAGAAGAGGAAUCACAGGCAGCAGAGAAGAGAAAGGCGAAGAGGAAGGCGGCGGCGGCGGCGGCGGCGGCGGCAGCAGCAGCAGCUAUGUCUGUGAACUCGCCCUGCUCCCAUCUUUUAGAGUCCAAAGAGAAUGACUCGCAGGACAGUCAAGCAAGCACCAUUACAGACAGUCUUGAAUUCCUAGAUGAUCCCUUCCCAACUGUGUCCGAAAUGACAAAGAGACAGAAACAGUCGGAUAAAUCCAAGGAAAGCACUAGGAAAAUAUUCAGUGGCCCCAAGCGGUCUCCCACUAAAGCUGUAUAUAACGCCAGACACUGGAACCGGCCAGAGCCUGAGGAGUUGCCCCCACCACCCCUGCCCCGAUCACAAACUGCUCCAGCAAGUUUAUCAACGAAGGAAACAAACUCCCAUAAAGACGAUGGGCUGUUCAAAGCUCCACCACCACCACCUAAAGUAAUCAAAUCUGUGACUCUGCCAACCCAGCCCUACCAGGAUAUUGUCACUGCACUGAAAUGUAGGAAAGAAGACAAAGAGUUAUAUACUGUUGUUCAGCAUGUAAAGCACUUCAAUGAUGUGGUGGAGUUUGGAGAAAACCAGGAGUUCACUGACGACUUUGAGUAUUUAGAGACGGGUCUGAAGAGCAGUCAGCCCCUCAACACACGCUGCCUUAGUAUUAUCAGCUUGGCUUCGAGGUGUGCCAUGCCUAGCUUCCGAAUGCAUCUGAGGGCCCGUGGAAAGGUAGCACAGGUCUUCAAAACACUGAAUGAUGCCCCACAGCAUCCGAAUCUGGCCCUGUGUACAGCUUCUCUAAUGUACAUCCUGAGUAGAGACCGGCUCAAUAUGGAUUUGGACAGAGCCAGCUUGGACCUCAUGAUCCGCUUGCUGGAGUUAGAGCAGGAUGACUCUGCAACUGUUCAGCUUAAUGCUAAGGAAAUGAGCAAAGUGAAAGAAAAGAUACGGAAGUUGUGUGAGACUGUGCACAACAAGCACCUUGACCUGGAGAACAUUACGACAGGACACUUAGCCAUGGAAACCUUGUUAUCGCUGACCUCUAAGAGGGCUGGUGAUUGGUUCAAGGAGGAGCUUCGGCUACUGGGUGGCCUGGACCACAUUGUUGAUAAAGUAAAAGAAUGUGUGGAAAACCUUAGCAAGGAAGAUGAUAAGGAAAAUCUUGUGGCUUCCUUAUGGGGAGCAGAGAGGUGUUUACGAGUGCUUGAAAGUGUAACUGUUCACAACCCUGAGAAUCAGAGCUACCUGAUAGCCUACAAAGAUUCACAGCUCAUAGUCUCCUGUGCAAGGGGAUUGCGGCACUGUGAGGAAAUGAUUCAGAGAUAUAGCCGUGCAGUCAACAGUGUCUUCUCUUCAGAUGGCCAGUGCCUGCCGCACUGCAACUCUUCCAGCAAUGUGGGUAAGGCUGUGGAGGACUGCAUGAGGGCCAUCAUUGGAGUCCUGCUCAACCUUACGCAUGACAAUGAGUGGGGAAGCACAAAGACUGGAGAGCAAGAUGAUCUUAUUGUAACAGCAUUGAACUGUGUUCUUCGAGUCCCACAGUACCUACCUCAGGAGCAAAGAUUUGACAUUAGAGUACUGGGCCUGGGGCUUCUGAUUAACCUGGUGGAAUACAGCGCCAGGAACCGCCACUGUCUUGUGGAAAUGGAAACCAACUCUGCCCCCUUUGACUCUGUCUGUCUAGCCGAAGGGGAGGACCUCAAGACUGAUGGCUCAAUGAGUGCCAUUGCAGCACUGGUGCAGUUGUUCUUGCAGAGGGAGCAGGCAGCUGUUCUGGCAGAGGCAGAGACUGAUGAGUUCAUCAAAGAAGCUCCCAAGCAGCAGCUGGACCAGAGUGGGGAGUGGCAGGAGACAGGUGGCGAGAUCCAGUGGGUGGCAUCAGAGAACAACAGUAAUGAUAACGAUAAAGAGAAAGAAAAGAAAGAGGAGGAAGAUGAGGAACUCGACCUGAAUAAAGCUCUUCAACAUGCUGGCAAGCACAUGGAGGACAGCAUUGUUGCUUCAUACACUGCACUGUUACUGGGCUGUCUCUGCCAGGGGAGUCCGAUGAAUGUGACUACUGUGAGAGAAAAUUUACCUAAAGGAGAUUUUUCAAUUAUGACAGAAAUGCUUAAGAAGUUCUUAAAUUUCAUGAAUCUUACAUGCGCUGUGGGGACUACAGGGCAGAAGUCCAUCUCGCGGGUGAUUGACUAUUUGGAGCACUGCUAGAGAACGCUCAGCUUUCACUGGAUCAGGCAGGAUCAUGCUGGAAUGGCCUGCCCAUAGUGAAAAACGGGAAGAGAAGCCAGCACAUGCAGAAUGGGGAGAAUGAGACAGACUGCACCUUUUGUUGUGAUCAUCACUUCAUAGAAAGCUUAAUUUGAAUUGAUAUGUAUCAAUACAUUUUAACUAGUGAGUACAAUGGUCUGCAAUUAACAGAAACCAAGAUAGAUGAUUAAUCUUUCCUUUUGGAAUUGUGAAAAUGUACAAUAGGACAAGAAAACUGAAUUGAAAAUUAGCUUUUAUGUACAUAGAUUUUUGAAUACCAAAAAUGGUGUCCCGGUCACACAAGUGAAGUUAACUCAUAAGCUCAUAAACAUUUACUACUCCUGUUUCCCACAGUAAUCUAUGAAGUGUGGUCAAAGAUUGUAGUUUUUUAUUGUAAGGCUUUGUAACAAAGGAAUAAAUUAUUUCAGCCUAAUUGCUAUUAGGUAAAGGUUAUUUGAGGAGCAAAGGUAGAUGAAUGUUUCCGUUCUCUUACCCGAUACAUAGUGAUGAUGUAAAUAGUAAGCGGUUCAUUUUUCAAUUUUAGCAGGACUGAUACAUUUGCAUGUCUUUGUUUUAGCAAUGUGGGGAAGCACCUAUCUGACUGGAAAUGGGGAGAGAGGUUAGGGUGGGGGAAAAAUACCAAAUAUUUUAAGUCUUUUGCAAUGGGGUGAGGUUAGGGAUGAAGCUUCCAUUAGUUUCUAUUUCACUGAAGUGCCUAUGUGCCCAGUUUCCAUCCAUCAGACAUAAAGUAGCAAGUUGGCCACACAUAAUCCGCUGAAAGGCGCUGAAAUACUUAGAGCUUAGCUCUACCAAAGCCAUUAUUGCUUUUUUACUUAUUUUCCAGUCCAAAAUUAACUUUCAAUAAACUAUUAACAAAAUUGUGUGUAAAAAAGCAUUUGAUUAGAGGAGGUGUAAAAUGUCUGAUGUUAAGAAAAUUGUUGCUUUUUUGAUUGGGGACAUUUACUGCCUGGGUAAAUAAAAAUAUUUUUGGUUAAGGUGUGAUGUUGAUUUCUGUAAUGACCAUGGGUGAGGAGAAAAGCUUGAUAUUUCAAGAUAUUUUCUGAUGAGCGUGAUCUCAGGGCCAUCCUUUAUCCUAGAGUCUAGAUCUCACAGAUUUAGGGAACCGCAGACUGCAAAAGCUUUCUGCAUUGUUACUAUUUUGCAAUUGUAGAACUGUUUGCCUCAUCUCCAUCAUGCUUUCAAUUUGAUUAAAUUACUUUUCAAAGGUAGAACAUACUAAUAUUGCAGAGGUACUCUACUAUGUAAAGUUGUGAAGUUUUAUUUUUUUAAUGCAUACAAAAGUCUAUUAGUAGGAAACCUGUCAGUUGUAUAUUUCCAUAAUGGCCCUAGAAGUUCUUAAGUUCUUUUUAUCAUUCAUGGUACUAAUAAACUGUCAGAUGACCUUCCUAUUGAAAUAUGAUACACCUAUACAAGUUUAAGACUCAUUUUCUUUCAGUGUGGUAGACAAUGGUUUCCAGUAAUGCAGACUGUUGUAUGUUCCUGAACAAAUGUGCAGCUCUCAGGCUUAGGGGUCAGAUAUUCCCCUUUUCACAGCCUAUGUGUGGUCUGAUGUGUUGAGGUUUUACUGGUAUCUUAAGUAAUAAAAUCAGCAGGACUGGAAAAAACUUUUGAAAUGAAGAACUUGAAUUCAAAAUAAAUGAACAGUUCAUGUCCUUAUGCUAAAUAAACUGUUUAGUUUUACCAAAAUAUCUCUUUGCAAUGGGCAGUAUCCAGAGAAAGAUGUUAAGCUUUUCCUUUUUUUCCCUUCAGUCUUUGACUAUAAAUGGAACCCUGUCUCUUUAUUUGUGUUUUGGUGUCUGACUACUGCAUAAGCAUAUGGGCUGAGCUCUCCCCCAUGAACAUAAGUAUCUAUGACUUUCUGCAGGCAUUAUAUUGCCAUGAUUGGAAUAAUUUCAUUGGGGGAUCUUAACUUCUGCCUUUAAUGGAAACCUUGAAAUUUAUUUAAUCCUCUCAGAUCCUGUAACAAGUGCAAUAGUCAGAUGUCUUUUUGUAUUCUCCUCUUCCUUUAGGUGGAAUAGAUGUUAGUGUUGUUAAUUACAGCGGAGAGAUGCGUUUGGAGGAAAAACCCAAAUUUUAAUUCCCUGAAAGGCCAGUUGGUCCUUGAUGAAAUGUUUUCCGGAGUGUUUCCUAGCUUGUUUAUUAUUGUGACCUGCCAGAUCUUGGUGUUUUGCUAGGUUGGGGUUAGAGUUGGAGUGAUGAGGGGACUCAAAAUGCUGGCAAGAGAGGACAUUAAUGCUUUUUGUUGCAUUUCUUUUUUAAUUUGUGUAUAUUUCAGUUUUGCAUUGUUUCUCCAAUGCUGUUGCAUAAAAGAAAGUUUGAGUUCAAUUACUUUUACAUCCCAUCUUAAAUUAAAAAAAUUAUGAACUGUAAAGCCUCUUGUAAUCCAAGCAGAUGUCAUCACGUGAGACCCACACGAAGAACCGUUAUUUUUCUCGUUUUUAAAACUGAAGUAAACGCUGCAAAGUUUUACAAGAGGUCUAUUUACAAAUCUGAAUAUGAAUGGAAAAAAAUGUAUAUAUUUCUGUAAAUACUGGCUAUUGGAAAUUAGAAUGGUAGACUACUUUUCUGAAUCCAAUCCUAUUUUUAUUUUAUACAGUAUUUCUCAGUUGUGUUAUUUGAAGUAAAAAAGCCAACUGCAGGAAGAAAAACAAGUUUGUACCAGUUUCAAGAAUAAUGUCUUUGGUUACCUGUACAUAAUUUUAACUCAAAUAAAAAUUGCUACUUUCAGUACA